CCUGCUUUGAGGUCAAGAACAAUAAAUAGAGCGAGCCCGUCCAGAAUGUCUCACAAGAGGCUGAAUGAAGUCAGAGGAGUACAUUAUGACUUAGCUUUGGCGCACCUUAGUGCUUUUAUAACUGAAAGUGGCCAUUAAGAUGAACCUUGCAGGCAUUCUAAUUUUCAUUCAGCUCUUUCAAGCCCAUGCAGAGUUGAUCUUUAGGCGCCUGACGGAGGACCAGUCACUGGAGCUCUCCUGCUCCUUUCAGCAGGACCUCAGCAGCCCGACAGGCCUCCACCUGUACCACCGCAGUGCCCAGAGCCAGACCACGCUGCUGUCCAUGGCUGAGGACGGCAAGCUCAGGGUCGACCCAGAGCACAGGGCGCGUCUGCACCUCCGUGGAGGACUGGACUCCCGGCAGGUCAAUGUGACCAUAUCCCGCUUACAGCACGGUGACACAGGGCUCUACAUGUGGGAGCUGAGCUACGGAGAGGAGGACAGCCCUGAGCUCAUCCUCUGUGCUCAAAAGGCUUUCUUGCAGGUUGAGGGGGCAGGGAGGCCGUUCCAGUGCUCUCGCCAUUACCUUCCCGUGCUCUUGACAGUCUUCGCAGCAGCGGGGCUUGUUGUGCUCUCACUCAGCUGGCUGGCCAGAGAGAUGUGUGUGAAGGUGAGGCACCAUCACAGAGGACAACCUCCUGUUCCCAUCUAUGAGGAAAUGACCAGGAAGCAGCAGAGCGCCGGAAUCCCCCAAAAUAACCUCGAGGCCCCCACACACCUGGAGGAAGACAACUCCCCCGUGUACGCUAACCCCAACAUCCGAAAACCACAGGAGAACUAUUAUGCAUGCCCCAGACAGCUUGCCCUAAGAGCCUGACGUGACUUCUGGUGUCGAACUAAUGGUGCGGCAACCCUGCACAGGAAAUGACACCAGCUCUGCUGCAAAAAUACAAUCAGAGCCGCAGAGCAACACCCAUGCUCAUGGUGAGCCCCUUAUCCAGGAAAUAAAGAUCUCAGUGUGGUGGAACAAACUCAGAGAGAUAAGCACCAAAUAAUCAAUUGGGACAUUUUUAACAGCCAAGAAAAAAAAAAAAGCUAUUUUAUUAAUAUUUGAAAGAAGCUCCAUAGUUCAUGAAAACAUUUGUUUCGGUGCAUGUCAUUUAACAAUCACAUUCUAUGAGGAGAAAGAGAUAUACAGAGAGAAAAAAAUAAAACAUUACAAGCCACUGACUUCUCAUUAAAUCUCAGUACAGACAUUUUUACUUAAUAUUUCAAAAACAAAAAAGGC